GUAAAACGCUCCCGCUCUCAAACACGGAGCCCCGGUGCCCGGACGUCGCCGCCCGUACUCAGCGGCUGUGAGCCGAUGAAGCUCUUCAACCGGUGAUCGAAGCGGAAACGGUCGGAGAACGUUCGCCAGCUAAUUGAAGCUAACUGCUAACUGCCAGCGAGGAAGUGAGGAAGGAGGAAAAAAAAACAAAAAAAUGACAUCUCGGAGGUGGUUUCACCCCAACAUCACUGGUGUGGAGGCUGAAAACCUCCUGCUGACCCGAGGAGUGGAUGGGAGCUUUUUAGCCCGGCCCAGUAAGAGUAAUCCAGGAGACUUCACCCUCUCUGUACGGCGAAAUGGAGCCGUCACCCAUAUUAAGAUCCAGAACACAGGAGACUACUAUGACCUUUAUGGAGGGGAGAAGUUUGCCACUCUGGCAGAACUGGUGCAGUAUUACAUGGAGCAUCAUGGGCAGCUGAAAGAGAAAAACGGAGAUGUUAUUGAGCUCAAGUAUCCACUCAACUGUGCGGACCCCACCUCAGAGAGAUGGUUCCACGGGCACUUGUCGGGCAGGGAGGCGGAGAAGCUGCUGACGGAGAAAGGCAAGAACGGCAGCUUCCUGGUGAGGGAGAGCCAGAGCCACCCGGGGGAUUUCGUUCUGUCCGUCCGUACGGGAGACGACAAGACGGACAGCAGUGACAGCAAACCCAAAGUCACUCACGUCAUGAUCCGCUGCCAGCAUGACCUGAAGUACGACGUGGGUGGAGGGGAGAAGUUUGACUCCCUCACCGACUUGGUAGAGCACUACAAAAAGAACCCCAUGGUGGAGACUCUGGGCACUGUGCUCCAGCUCAAACAGCCCCUGAACACUACUCGUAUUAACGCUGCAGAGAUUGAAAGUCGCGUUCGGGAGCUGAGCAAACUAGCGGAAGCCACAGACAAGGUCAAACAGGGCUUCUGGGAAGAAUUUGAGACUUUGCAGCAACAAGAGUGCAAGCUGCUCUACAGCCGCAAAGAAGGCCAGAGAGCAGAGAACAAAAACAAGAACAGAUACAAGAACAUUCUGCCUUUCGACCACACUCGUGUGGUGCUGAAUGACAGGGACCCUAAUGAGCCAGGCUCUGACUACAUCAACGCCAAUAUCAUCAUGGUAGUAUCUGCUGUCAUGCCGGAGCUGGACUCUAAGUGUAACAGUACCAAGGUGAAGAAGAGCUACAUCGCCACUCAGGGCUGUCUGCAGAACACCAUCAGUGACUUCUGGAGGAUGGUGUUUCAGGAGAACUCUCGAGUCAUUGUUAUGACCACCAAAGAGGUGGAGAGAGGAAAGAGUAAGUGUGUGAAGUACUGGCCGGACAUGUCGGCUCUGAAGGAGUACGGAGCGAUGCGCGUUCGCAAUGUCAGAGAGACGGCUGCACACGACUACAUCUUAAGAGAACUCAAACUGUCCAAAGUCGGGCAGGGCAACACAGAACGCACAGUUUGGCAGUACCACUUCAGGGCCUGGCCGGACCACGGAGUCCCCACUGACCCGGGAGGUGUACUCGACUUCUUAGAGGAGGUCAACCUGAAACAGGAGAGCAUACUGGAUGCUGGACCUAUAGCGGUACACUGCAGUGCUGGGAUCGGACGGACAGGAACGUUUAUAGUGAUUGACAUCCUGAUAGAUGUGAUCAGAGAAAAAGGGGUGGACUGCGACAUCGACGUGCCAAAGACCAUCCAGAUGGUUCGUUCUCAGCGCUCUGGGAUGGUGCAGACUGAGGCGCAGUACAGAUUCAUCUAUAUGGCUGUACAGCACUACAUAGAAACCUUGCAGAGACGCAUAGAGGAGGAGCAGAAAAGUAAGAUUAAAGGGCGCGAGUACACCAACAUUAAGUACUCUUUGUCUGACCUGACUGGGGGAGAGCAGAGCCCUUUGCCUCCUUGCACUCCUAUUCCUACUCCCACCUGCACAGAGAUGAGGGACGACAGCUCCAGAGUGUAUGAGAAUGUGGGCCUGAUGCAACAGCAGAAGAGCUACAGAUGAGAUUCACCUUUGACCCCAGUGCUCUAUCAGUUCCAGGAUCUCGAUACCUGACAGUUUUUUCGCCAGCCACACCUUGACGCCUGAGACUUGACCGUAAUGUCAUGGAACAAUGGAAAGAAAACACACACACACACACACACACACACACACACACACACACAAAUCGUGAGAGAGACCAGACACCAGGGUCCUCCUGAUCUCGCUCAUCUUACACGAACAUUCGCCCUCUAGUUGAAUUCUAAACCACUGUGAUCAUCAGAAGAGCCUUUUGAGAAGCCUAACAUGCUACUAAACCCUAUUAAACCACAGUUUGGGUUUAGCCUUUGUAAAAUCUCACCCCAACAAGGGCUGCAAACAGCGAGAACUCUCCUCAGAGGGAAAAACCUAGCUAACCUUUGCUCAUCUCUCUUUUUUUUUUUCUGUUUUUUUGUUUUGUUUUUUUAUUAACCAAAGGAAGAUUAUGUAGAUUGUUUGUAGGCGGAAGUGAGGAGAUUUUCUGAAAAAGGCGUGUGCCAAAACCACGAAUGAUUUUAUCCACAUUUCUCAGCCAAUUAAAAAGUCUCUAUUUUGGCCUGUUGAAGCCUUUAAAGCAGUGGGCGAGACGAGACCUUAUUUGUGGACAAAAGUGGGGCAAAAUUUCCAGUGAUUAUUGUCUAGUUUUCACUGUGUUAUAUAGAGUAAUGUUUUUGAAUGAAGAACUAUUGGCAUUGUAGUGUACUACCAUAUUUACUGUUGAUUUGUAAUCCACUAAACAUGAAUUCCUUUUUUUUUUUUUUUUUUUUUGCACCAGAACCGCCUCGAAAAGAAACUUAAACUUCCGGCUGUUCGGGGUGUGAAUCUUUGUUGGGUUUAAUAUGCUUUUGUUGGGAUACACGGUGUCUGUUAGUUAACCAUUCCUGAGCUCAAGCCGAAUGCCCUUAUUGCUGCACUUUUAUUUAGCAGCAUAACAGUUACAGUGAAGCCUUGAUUCACCUGGUGGAUUUAUAAAUAAUCUAAUCUGGGGGGGUUUAAGAGAGCAGUUUCUGGGGAGGGGAGGGCGGUAGGGAGGGGAGGGCAGGGGGCACAUGUUUGAUUUCCACCUCCCUUUCAUGCCUGCACUUCUAUGUCAAAGUCAGUCUGAUGACGUAUUAAGAUUUCAGGGGAGUCUGUUGUGUAUCUCAGUCGCAGGCAUCGCCACAGACGCACGGCUGCCAAAAAACUUUGUUUUUUUAAGUUGUUUUUUUUUUUUGUUUUUAAAGUGCAUAUUACUUUUUUUUCCACACUUAUUUUUUUUUUAAGACAAAUGCCUUUUUGUGUACCAUUGCCUAUUUUGAGCACCACAUGUACUUAAUUUUAAGAGUCACUGUUUUAAGAAGCAAUCACACUUUUCUCAGCUUUGGCACUAUAGAUAGUCAUUGUUGUGGUUAUAGAUUAUUGGCCUUGUGAUAGUCAGCUGGAUUCAGUAGUUUAUACACACUCACAUGUACACACACACACACACACACCUAUACAGGUUUCUAUAGGAGAGUAUUUUCUUGUCUUUCUGUUUCUGUUAAUCAAAGUAAACGAUUUAAAGGAAUGUUUUGACAUUUUUGGGGAAAUUUUGACGCAUUCGCUCUCUUGCAAAGAGUUAAGAGUAGAAAAUCAAUAACCACGCUCAUGUCUGCAAGCUAAAUAUGAAGCUACAGCCAGUAGCUGAUUAGCAUAGCUUAGCAUAAAGACUGGAAACAGGUGGAAACGGUUAGCCUGGCUCCGUCCAAUGGUGUCAGUAAGACUCCAGCAAAUCCCUGCUCCUGGCCAAGAAAUAGUUUCAGCAUGUAACCACCCUUAAAACCACAACUUUUUCACAUUGAUAUGUUGUCAGUUGGGGUGAAAAUAUGAAGCCACUGUCAACAGCUGAUUAGCUUAGCAUAGCUUAAAGAUUGGGCACAGCUCUGUACAAAGGUCCUACGACCUACUAGCAACCCCAGAGCUCACGACAUAGCACAUGUUGUCAGUCACAAGUUGUGGUCCAAACAAAGGUUUUACCCCCUUCUGAGAGAGCCAGGCUAGCUGUUUCCCCCUGCUUCCAGUCUUUACGCUAAGCUAAGCUAAUCAUCUGCGAGCUCUGCCUUCUAUAUGUAGCGUACAGUCAUGAAUGUGGAAUCCAUAUAUAUAUAUAUAUAUAUUUUUAUCUAACUCUCAGCAAGAAAACAAAUGAGCAUUUUUUCCCCCCAAAAUGUCAAACUACUCAUUCAGCGUCACAAUCAGCUGCAGUAUUUAGGGUCAGAUGUUUCUUUUGGAUCAUUCAAGUGAGAAUCCACAACACUCAUUUCAAACGUGUGGCCUAAAGUAUUUUCAUUUUGUCAAGCCUUCCCAGCUUCUGCACACUUGCUCGCCGUCACUGCGCCUUGAGAAACUGCAGUCUUGCGAUUGAACUUACUGUAACAGCGCUGACUCAGAAUCUCUCAAUGGAGAAAAAGGAAGAAGCGGCUCUCCUCUUUUUGCCUUGAGGGACAGUUCUCAACAACCACUGAUCCAGGAUUUGAACAGCUUCUUUUUCUGUAACAUAAAAAUAAUAAUAAUCAUGAAAUCAGUGUUUCUUCGGGGGCUGCUUCCUCCCACCGGUGGACUCUUAACACCCGGCUGCUGCUUCACAGCAAGUGUUCUUUUGAAAUGAUUCUUCUCCUCCCGGGUGAACGCCAUCCACUGACUGAGUUAUGAGAUCUUCUGUAGUGUGGUGUACUGUGUGCAGUUUUAUCGUCAAACGGAUGAGUUUGUACUUGUCUAAUGUUUCGUGGAGUGCUUGCUUGUGGUGUUUCGUGUCCUGCGUGUGUGUGUGUGUGUGCGUGUGUGUGCGUGGAUGUGUGUAUGUGCUGUGAGAGUGCGGCUGCCUAUCAGCCAUAUGUUCUUGGAUACUUUCUUGUUUUUGUUUCUUCUUCCCAGAUGAUAAAACUGCUUUCCAUUUAUCAUGUAAGCAAUUUAGAUGCAUAGACGUGCCUUCUAUGCAUAUGCCUAUGUGUAUGUGAUAGCUAUUAAAAAAAAAAAAAGGACAACGACAACAGAACAGUGCUCUUUAGUUCCACCGCCAUUCAAGAACCUGUAACACUUAAAUGUGAAUUAUUUCAUCCUGAACAAAAAAGGAAAAAAAACGGUGAUCGCAAUGCAAACAAACUAUAUUUUUUAACAUGUAUAUUGUACAUGAGUACCUGGUAGAGGAGAAUGUACUUACUAAAAACAUAUCUACUUGCCAAUAAGAUAUACUGUAUGUAUAUUCCUACAGCUUUCUCUCUGUGACACAGGGAGGGACCUCUCACAAAGCUUCAGAGGUUUAUUGUAUGACUUUCAAUGCAGUUAACCAUGUUAACUUCCUCAAUAACAAUAAAUGGCAAGCUCAUGCCACAUUAA